ACGGAAUUUCAAUCCUUAAAAGAAUUUAAGCCCGUCACUGAGAACAUGAUAAAAACAAAACAUCUUCUUUGCUGAAUCACAUUCUUUUAGAAAGGAACGUACCCGUAUUGAUCACAAGGUUGUUGUACCUUUUGGACAUAAAAAGUCCGAAGAUUCGCCACGGCCUUACCAUUUGCUACUCUAAAGGCGUCUACUGUGCAAAACCGUGAUGGCUGCACUGAACGGUCUCGUACUUUUGCUGCUUACCAUUUCUGCUAUGUUCAUAAGUGAGUGUUACAGUAUUGGUGAGCGUCAACCCAUCGAGAGGGAAGACCAGUGUCAGAAUGUGAUAUGCCACCGUAAACUCAACCACCUCGGUGAACGAGUGACAAGCGGUUGCCCCAGUGGCUGUUUAUGUGUCAUCAGAGAACCCGAUAAUGUGGACAACGCAAAUGGGACGUGCUAUGCACUAAUGAGCAGCACUACCACCACGACGACCACACCAGACGGUACCACAACGUCGGAGGAAGAAGAAUAAUACCGGUCAAUUGAUGCGACAACAAGCAACGAAGUAUGUUUCAAGUGAAAAAAGCAUAGAGAAAGGCGCUUCAUUCGCUUGUAACAGAAUAAAAAUCUUAUAAAUAGCAUUUCACCUA